AUGCCCGAGUUGAAUGUUGGCAUCUGUGGUGCCGGCAUCGGCGGACUGGCGGCAGCCAUUGCCAUCAGGAAAGCCGGUGCGAAGGUGACGGUCCUGGAAGCCGCCCCAGAGCUCGGCGAGAUUGGAGCUGGCAUCCAAAUGACGCCCAACGUGGCCAGACUACUGAUGAAAUGGGGCGUGGACAAAGUCAUCGGUGACGAUCUCGUGGAAUUCGAGGAGCUGAACAUGCGGAGGAAAGACGGCACCCUGAUCGGGUAUACGAAGACGAUACCCAACGUCCGCAACUAUCUGAACGGUAUACCAUGGUGGUUAGUUCAUCGAAUGCACCUCCACGCCGGGCUAGCGGAAGUGGCUCGUCGCGAGGGCGCCGAACUCGUCAUCGACGCUCGCGUGGUGACCAUCGACUGGACCUCGUCGCCAUCCAACAAAGUCACCGUGACCACGGCCAAGAACCGAUCGUGGACGUUCGACCUGCUCAUCGGCGCCGACGGGGUGCGUUCCACGGUGCGCAGAACCAUCAUGCCGCACGUCAAACCGGCGCCUCCGACGGGGAACUGCGCGUACCGCGCCAUCGUCCCUUACGACGAGAUCCGGCGCGACCCCAUCGCGAAGGAACUGAUCGAGAAAAAACUCACCAUGGAGGUCUGGAUGGCCGACAAGUCGUACAUCAUCUCGUACCCGAUCUCGGCGGGGAAGCAGUUCAACAUGGUCCUGAGCCACCACGUGGACCACCUGGUGGACGACGUCCAGGAUAUCGACAUGGAGAAGGACUUUCGGCAGACCUACAAGGACUAUGAUCCGAGGAUCAAGAGGAUCGUCGACAUGGUCACCUCGGCCAAGAGGUGGCCGUUGUUGGUCACGGGGCCGUUGGAGAGCUGGUCGACCAAGGAGAAGAAUAUCGUGUUGAUGGGUGAUGCCGCGCACUCCAUGGUCAACCACAUGGCGCAAGGGGCCGCGACUUCGAUGGAGGACGGCGCCUUCCUGGCCCGCGCUCUGGCGAAGGUUGUCGAGGACAAAAUCACCAUUGCCCAAGCGAUCGAGAUUUACGAGAAGAGGCGAAUGCCCUUGGCGUACUACAAGCAGCAGGUGUCAUUUAUCAAUGGGGCCAUCUGGCAGGUACCGGAUGGGCCGAUUCAAGAGGCGCGAGACAAAGCCAUGGCUCCCGAAUUGAAGGGCGAGCAAUUCAUGCGUUCGCCAAACUUGUACGGCGAUCCAGUGACUACAUUGAGUGUGUACAACUACGACGCAGAAGAAGACGCAGAAAUCGCCAUCAGGGCAUUUCUCGGAGGCUGCGAGCCGUACGAUGUGAAGACCGGCGUGACGGACCGUGAGUUGGAAAGGUUCGUGGGUUGGUGGUGGCCCAAGCACAAGGUCCCGCUGAGUGCCUCGAAACUGUGA